AUGCGGAUGCUGAGAUGGUUCCUGUUCUUGCCCCUGUGCCUCUCCUGUGGCUAUGCCUUUAUGUUGCCUUCUCUGACAGACAAUGCCAGAGAGCCCCAGGGCAAGGUGCCUUGCGGAGGGCACUUUCGGAUCAGGCAGAAUCUACCAGAGCAUGCCCAAGGCUGGCUUGGGAGCAAAUGGCUCUGGCUUUUUUUUGUUGCUGUGCUGUAUGUGAUAAUAAAGUUUCGAAGUGAUAGUGAGAAGAAAAAGCAGAAUCCUACUAGCCUUCGUGGCUGUUCAUUUCGCUCUCCACUAAAGAAAAAUCAAAAUGCCUCCCCCAACAAAGACUAUGCAUUCAAUUCCUUAACCCAACUUGAGAUGGACCUUGUGAAAUUCAUGUCCAAGGUGCGGAAUCUUAAAGAUGCCAUGGCAACUCGCGGUAACCUCAGACUUCAAAGCUCAGAGCUGCCUGCAGAGCCACACAAUAAUGUUACAAUAUAUGAAAUAUGGGGAGAAGAAGACACUGACUGA